AUGGAGAAUGAAUUCGCGAAAUUUGUAAAAGAAUUAGAAGAAAAAUGUGAAAAAACUGGAAAAGUAUUGAGGAAGUUUUUUGUGCUUUUUAGUGUUGGAAUUAUUCAAAAAUACUCUGCUUCGUUUCAAGAUAGUGCAAUAAAUGCUCACCAAGCUAAAGUAGUAAGAGAGAGCGUGGUGAGAUUGUGUGGAGAGUUGGCUGAAGUGAGUAUUAAAGUGAUCGAUGCAAUUGCACCGCCAGAUUCUAUUCAUGGAUCAGUGCUAGGAGUAGCUAAUGGACAAAUUUAUGCAAAGUUAAUUGAACAGGUUGAAAAAGCUGAAGAAGUUUAUGAUAAGCCUUAUUGGCUUCCACUACUUCAAAAAGUUAAGCAAAUUAAACAGAUUUAA